GAAGAAGUGGAAGCGCUUUCUCGAAAUAAUAUCGCUCUUGGUUUUUUAUUUCGAUUCGGUCGGUGUGGUACAGCUCACGAGCAUAAAAUUCAGCGCAAGAGCAUAGCUGAGUCGAAAGAUCAUCAUUUUUGAAGGUGGUGGGAGCUUGGCUCUUGUGAUCCCUUGUUUUCUACAAAAUAAGUGCCAGAGUUUUGGAAGAGAAAAUUUUCAUCAUCCGUCGUCGAUGUCGCUUGCUAGAGUCGUCGCGCGAGCAAAACGCCAAUCGAAAUUCGGGAGUGUUGUCGUGUUUGUUGGAUAGUGCGCGCCUCUGAGAAAAAAGUGGAAAUCAAUCCGUGACACUGUCAGCUAGAGGAUAUUUUCGCCGUAAAUCCCACUCGAAGCGGCCACAUUCGGUGGCAAUAGGACCUCUAGUCGCGAGUUCCAACCGCGGUGCGUCGUUUUUCGGUGGUUUUGCGCAGUUUUCGACGCGUUUCAGUGGGUAAAAAUCGAACGGGAAUUUGCUCGAUUGGCUGUGGCCCUCUUUUUUGGCUGACGUCGUUGUUGUUGGAGAGACAUCUUGGGAAAGUGUGCAGUGUAGAAAAAGAAGCAGGAAAAAAGUGCUCCGUGGUCAGAGCAGGCAAGAGCUGCGAAGAGUGAGCUCUACUUGGUGGAUUAUACGCUCCCGGAGUCCCCCGGAGCAGUGGAAGAAAUCCCUCUUGGGAGUAGUGAUAACCCUCCGUUCCAGCGGGAUAAUAUUUUGAAACAUCGUAGUGCGUCCAAUUCCGAGGAAUCGAAAAUUUGUUGCUGAAGAAAACGCUGAAAUUUUACAAAUCAAUUUUUUUUCCUUCAUUCGAGCAAGAGUGAGAGGCGUGAGCGUCGUCAUCGUUGUUGGUCGUUGUGCGAGCAAGAAGCUCUGGCUUUUGGGCCAGCAGCAGCAGAAGAAGUGGAGUAGUGCACAGUGGGAGAGGAGUGUAGCACAGCAAGCACAGGCACAAAGCAGAAGAGAAGAGUAGUGGUGUGAGAGGUGAGCGCAGCGAACGACGAGGCAAGUGAGUUUAGUAGUGAAACAAGUAAAAAAAGUAAAGGGUUAGAAAAAGGCGCAGAGAAUAUUUCAAGUGAAGUGAAAAUACACCGAAAGCGUGUAUACGGGCAGAGCGCGGAGCAGCAGCAGUGCUGUGUGUGGAAUAAUAAUAGCAGCAGCAGCGGUACUAUACGACCAGCAGCAGUUCAAAUAAGAAAAAGACGAGAAAUAAGCAAACGAGAAAAAGAAGUGCGGUUGUAGAAAAGAGCAACGAAAAUGUCGCUUCCGAUAAACUCACUGUACUCAUUAACGUGGGGAGACUAUGGGACAUCGCUAGUGUCCGCCGUCCAGCUGCUCCGAUGCCACGGAGAUCUGGUCGACGUAACGCUGGCUGCCGGUGGCCGAAGCUUUCCGGCACACAAGAUAGUGCUCUGUGCCGCCAGUCCGUUUCUGCUGGAUCUGCUAAAGAACACACCAUGCAAGCAUCCAGUCGUCAUGUUGGCCGGCGUCAAUGCCAACGAUCUGGAGGCCCUGCUCGAGUUCGUCUACCGUGGCGAGGUGAGUGUUGACCACUCGCAGCUACCGUCACUCCUGCAGGCGGCACACUGUCUCAACAUCCAGGGCCUGGCACCGCAGACCGUGUCCCACAAGGAUGACAACACAACGUACACCACAUCGAUUCAGUUGCACCCGACGCUGGUACCGCAGCACCAGCAAGUCAAGGCGGUCAUCGACGUUGGAAACAAUGUUUGCACGGAAGAUCUCAUCACGACACUGACCCCCACACAGACCAUCCAGGCCCAGGUUAUCGAAACAAUCACACCGGAACAGAUGGGCGACGAGGUCACCAAGGAUGUCAUCAGUCAAUUUUUGCCCACCCGCAAGCGCAAGCAACGCACGAAGAAGCCAUCGCAAUCGCAAGGACAGAACGCCACCGGCAUGCAACAGGCAACGGCUACCGUCUCCGCUGGAGGAACCCAAGCGGCCAAGGUCAUGAAAACGGACGAGGAAGGCACCAUCCAGACGAUCAUCGUUAACAGCGCAGAGGAAGCGGCCAACGUCGUCAAGGACAUCAAAAAGGAAUCGCAAGCUGUGGACGGAGGCUCGGUUAUGGACUCGAAGGACGGAAUCAUCAAAAUCAAGAACAAAUCUCAAUCGGAACAACCAGCCACUUGCCCGAUCUGCCAAGCCGUGAUCCGUCAGUCGCGUAACUUGCGUCGUCACUUGGAGUUGAGGCAUUUCAAGAAACCCGGCAUGAAGAAGGAACGCGUCAAGAAGAGCAAGCAAGGCAAUGCAAAUGGAGGACAGGCAAACACCAGCGGCACAGCAGGCAACGGAACCGUUACAACUGUGGAACAACAGCAGCAAGCCCAAGCUCAACAGCAAGCGCAGCAGCAGACCACCAUCGAAACGGCAGGAACGAUAUCGGUAACGGUUUCCCAGGCACAGGCUCAGCAGUUGGAACAGGCAGCGGCAAACGGUCAACAGCACGUGGUAACACAGCACGAGAACGCCGAUGGAACGACUUCGCUUUCGAUUGCCCAGGUACAGACGCUGGAUGGACAUCAGCUAGCGAUCGGAAAUCUGAAUCAGGCCACUCUAAUCCGUACCAGCGAGUCGAUCGAGGCCGGUAUUAUCGCAACGCACGAACCAACGCUGCGCCCUCACACGGAGCUGUUCCGCGUCGGCAAUACCGUCUACACGAUAGAGGAACGUCGGCCGGAUCAGCCGAAUCGUUUGACUUAGAAC